AGUCUACUCUGUAGUAAUAGCUGCCAGUGCCUGCGCCCUGCGGCCUGCGGUUUGCCUUAAAAUUAUUGUAAUUUGCAACUUAGUUUCAAUUUACUAUCUAUAUUUACGAAUUUAAAUGAUCGUAGAAGAUUCUCACCUUUACAAUGUCAAGUAUAUCUAAAAGAAGAAAAGAAGGAUCAAAAGGCAAUAUAAAGAAAUAUCAUGUGAGGUGUGGUCAAUGGCACAAAGAGGACACUCUGUACGGCGGCUGCAUGCAGACCAGGCAGCAAGCAUUGCUCGUUCUGCCUGUGUUUCACCAUGUGCACUAGUUCUUGCAAUCCUGUAUUUAGAGCGUCUUAAACUUUGUAAUCCUGACUACUUAACUGCAACUUCUCCAGCUGAUCUAUUUCUAGUCUCUUUGAUGGUUAGUAACAAGUUUCUCCAAGACGAUGGUGAAGAUGAUGAAGUGAUAUGUUCAGAAUGGGCAGCCUCAGGAGGGCUUGAUCUUCAUCAACUGAACAAACUUGAGGCGGACUUCCUAAAUGCUAUUGAAUGGAAUUUAUACAUUAAUGAGAAAACAUUUAAAAGUGGACUUUUAUGGCUCGAGAGACAAGUGGCAAUGAAGCAGGCUUUGAUGAGAGGAUUUUUUACAUAUACUGAUCUCUCAGUUACAUGCAACAAAACUUUGAUGAAUGAGCUUAUUAAGUCUAUCUGCUGCGCCUGCUUUACAAUUGCCUUUAGUUAUUUGAGCAGUUUUAUAACUUUAGUCACUUCAACUUUGGUUGUAUCAAAUGUUUGGCUUCCAACCCUAGAAGCUAUUGCAGCUAGAGGAAGCAUUGCAACCGAUAUUUCCCACUCAAUAUAUACUAGGAACAUGUAUUUACAACCGCAACUUUUAAAUACUACUUUAGCACAAAUUCCUGAAAUUAUUGUUGAGGAAAAUGUUGACUCACAAUUUAUAAAGUGUUGUGUGAACUGGCAAAAGUAUCAAGAUCAAAGCGAAACCAAAAAGAAUUGGUAUAGGGGUGUUGUCACAUAUGAUUUUAAAUCAUUUCAAACAUGGUGGUCUAAAACAUCCGUUUUGAAUUGGCUGUAUCAAAGUUCUUUGAUUAAUCCGAUACAAAGGUGGUUAGAGAAAAUAUAUAAAUAUGCAGAUUUUAUAAAAGACAACCUAGAGAGUGAGCAAAAAUCGAGAAAACAAUGUAAAGAUACUUUCAUGAAGGUUAGUGAUAAAGGGUUCUGUUUCCAAGAACGUCUCAACUAUAGCAAACUUAAUAUUUUUACAACAUCCAUGUCCGAUCGAUAAAAUAUUUUUUCAUUAUUUUAACAUCUAAUUGUUAGGAGGAAACAAUUAAAAGUUUAAAAUUACAAAUUAAAACUAAAAUGUUUUUUAUUGUAUAUUGUCUUUUGUUAUAUGUAUAAGUGAGGAAAAAAUUCCAAUUAUAUCAGCGACUGUACCUUAACCUGUUAUCCUUUUGAGUGAGAUGGAUAAAUUAUCAAUUUACUGACAAUUACUGACUUUUUAUAGUAACUAUAAUUUAACUCUUGUCUUGAAACACAAAACCUAUAA